GCCGCGCCGGAGUUGAAAAAAGCCGGAAAGUGAAGUGAAGUGUUCAAAGUGUAGACCCCUGAUCCUCGAGAGGAUUCUGAAUAAACCCUGUGCAAAAUGUCUUCCCUAACGAACGCCUCCAUUUUGGCCACCGCGGCUUCCGUGGUUCCGGACUCUCAGUUCGUGUUCACUUCCACGGAUUACGCGGUCUUUGCCUUCAUGCUGGGCAUCUCGGCAUCCAUUGGUGUGUAUUUCGGAUUUUUCGCCAAGGGUGCGGACACCACCGAGGAGUAUCUGAUGGGUGGCAAGCGGAUGAAAACGAUUCCCAUUGCCAUUUCCCUGGUGGCCAGCCAGCUGUCCGCCAUUUCGAUCAUGACAAUUCCGGCUGAGAUGUACGCCUACGGGAUAAAUUGGUUCUUCAAUGUGGUUUGCAUGAUUGUGGUGGUUCCACUCCUUAAUUACGUGGUCAUUCCGGUUUUCUACAACAAUAACAUCACGAAUUGCUACGAGUAUUUGGAGAUGCGUUUUUGCCGGGAAGUGCGAGUCCUGCAGACAUUUAUCUUCAUUAUGACAAUGUUCUUCAUGCUGCCCAUCUUUAUCUUCCUACCUUCGUUGGCCUUUGCCCAAGUGACUGGAUUCAAUGUGCACAUCAUCAACACCGUGGUCUGUGGCAUAUGCGUCUUUUACACCAUGUUUGGCGGAAUCAAGGCUGUGGUGUGGACGGAUGUCAUCCAGGCUGCCAUUAUGGUGGUCUCUGUGGUUUUGGUGGGCGUAAUGGGCGCCAAUCGCGUGGGUGGUCUAUCCGAGGUCCUGCGCAUUGCCGGCGAGGGAGGACGCCUGGAUAUCAACUUUAACUUUGAUCCUACGACACGCUCCACAAUCUGGAAUAUUUUCAGUUCGGCCACGUUGAUGUGGGCAGGUUAUGUGGGUCUGAAUCAGAGCUGCGUGCAGAGAAUAGUGUCCCUGCCAUCGUUGGGUCAUGCCAGGAGAUCCCUUGUGCUCUUUGGCUUUGGCUUCAUCCUCAUCAUGUUUUUCAACUGCUUCACGGGCAUUGUAAUGUACGCUCGCUUCCAUGACUGCGAUCCGAUUGAGUCCGGCCAUGUGUCCAAGGUGGACAAAAUGGUGCCUUACUUUGUCCAGGACACAGUGGGUCAUCUGUGGGGCAUGCCGGGCGUGUUCAUCUCCUGCGUGUUCAGUGCCGCCCUCAGCACACUCUCGGCCAGCAUCAACUCCUUGGGCGGCGUGGUCUACUUCGACUACAUUAAGCCCCACAUCCGGCACACGGAGCACAAGGCCAAUGUGAUUAUGAAGCUGUUCGUCCUCUUUGCGGGCAUCUACUGCAUCUUUGGCGGCAUGAUGGUGGAGAAGUUCAACUCGAUUCUGCAGGUGCUAUACUCGAUUGGCGGCGUUAGCUUUGGCUCCACCUGUGGGGUUUUCAUGCUGGGAAUGCUGGUGCCCAGUUCACAUGGCAGGGCUGCCUUGAGUGGAGUAAUUGCCAGCAUAACCGUCAUGGCCUCCAUUGUGAUCUGCAGUUGGGGUCGCAACCACUACGAUACUCUGCCCAAGACCACCGAGGGUUGUCCAGCUUCCAAUCUGAAUGGAACCCUCUCCAGCACAGCUGCCUCUCUGCUGCUCCAAUCAACGACGGAAGUCCCCGCCAAAGAUGAGGGUUUCAGCAUUCUGGAUCUUACCUUCAACUGGUAUGUGGUGGUGGGCUUCAUCAUCACCUGGCUGGUUGCCAUACCCCUGAGCCACAUCCUGAAGCCGAAAUCGGACUACAAGCUGGAUCCCAAGCUGCUCUCGCCGGUGGUGCAGCCCUUCGUCAACUAUGAACUGGCUCAGGCCGAGGAGCCCCACGAACUGAAGCUGGAGAGGCCCGAAAAGGUCUGAGACUAGGAUGGGAUGGGAUGUGACUAUGACUGUGACAAAGGAUGUGCUUCAUAAGCAUCAGUUGGAGUCUUAAAGAUAUUAUAAAAUAGGAACUUCUAAUACAGCUUCAAACUAGAGGAUAAUAUUUUAGAAUAUUUUCAUUGUUCAUUGUUAUGAUUUUUGUGUUUUGUAAUGAAAAUUAUAGUAAAGUAAAGGUUA